UGGCAAACAAAAGUUGCCCAAUGUGAGUGAAGUGCUGUCUUAGCGGUUGCUGGCGGCGUCCUAUCUUCCACCUCAGGAUGGAUCUGGUACCAGCGCCCACGGGGAAAAGUUCGUCGUUGAAGAGCCCGGUGGUUGAGGUGGAAGCCGUUGAUAUGGCCCCGGCCGAUACGAAGGAGACCAUUACGACCAUGGAGAACACAGCCGCUGUGGGCAACGAAGCCAUGCAGUCCGAGUAUGAAACCGAUAGCGACGAUUCGGGAUCGGACUUGGAGGCAGAGCUUGAGGUGCUGCACGACGAAGAACUUCGCUGCGGGAUACCGGACGCCUGCUCCUUGGAUGAGGCUAUCGCAUUUCGCAACCGUCUCCACGAAGUCGGCAAGGCAGUGUUUGUGCAGGAGACGAUCGGGGCGGAUACUAUCACCGCGAAGAAACUGUGCACUGCGUUUGGCAUUUUGCCUCCGGAUUUUCUUGAUGGUGCCCCAGACAGCGCCUAUCACCCUCUUUUGGCCAUCGCGAUCUCGCGGGAGUUCUCGAGGCGCCCCAAGCUCCCCCAGUACAACUCGAUAGAGGAUGCGGUCAAGCUGCUGAAGGAGUCGAAGAAGAUCAUCGUGAUCACAGGUGCCGGCAUUUCUACCAGCCUGGGGAUCCCCGAUUUCCGAUCGAAAGAUACGGGUCUCUACUCGAAGCUGGAACACCUGGGCCUCAGCGACCCGCAGGAGGUCUUUGACAUUAGCGUUUUCCGCGAAGAUCCUUCCAUCUUCUUCUCGAUCGCCAAGGACAUUCUGCCUACGGAGAAGAAGUACUCGCCCACUCACGGGUUUAUUCGCCUUCUGCAGGAUAAGGGCAAGCUCUUGACUAAUUACACGCAAAACAUCGACAACAUCGAGGCCAACGCGGGUGUUCUACCUGAAAACAUCGUGCAGUGCCACGGAUCGUUUGCGACGGCCUCUUGCGUCAAGUGUGAACAUAAGGUCAUGGGCGACGAGAUCUUCGGCGAUAUCCGAAAAGGCCUCAUUCCGGAAUGCUCGUCUUGCCGGAAGAAGCUCGAGGAUGAUUCUUUGAAGCCACAGGGGAUGAAGCGAAAGCGCAGUACCAGCGCAACGCAGAAGCGUCGGAAAGCCGACGGCGAGGAUAGUUCUGACGACGACGAAGACUAUGAACUCCCGACCCCUGGUGUGAUGAAGCCCGAUAUCACGUUCUUUGGCGAGGAUCUCCCCGAUGAGUUCGGCCGCCGUCUCAUCCACCAGGACCGAGACCAGGUGGAUCUGGUCAUUGUCAUUGGGACUUCCCUGAAGGUGGCCCCUGUGGCGGAAGUGCCGGGCGUGUUACCGCGCAACGUGCCGCAGAUCUACAUCUCUCGCACUCCCGUGUCACACACCAGCUUCGAUAUCGACCUGCUCGGCGAUUGCGACGUCGUUGUAUCCGAGCUGUGUCGCCGAGCUGGAUGGGAUUUCCAGCACGAGAUGAUUCCGGCCGGGGAGAAGGUCGAAGUCAGUAAUGUGGAAGGAUAUGAGUCACGACAUAUGUUCAAGGUUGUUGGCGCAUAGCGGCGGAGUUUUGUCAGUUAUGGUUUAUCUCUGACAUUUAUCGGUCCAAGGUUAUUGGCGUCGCUUUACGGAUCUUCUGUUUUCUUUCUUUUCUUUUAAUUUUUCCCUUGGCUUUAUGGUUUCCGUGGGUUCUUGCAUUUGCUUGGAUGUCCAAUGGAAUUAUCGCCGUAGAUAUCCUUGAGUUUACAUUUGCGGGGAAAUAUUUCUGCAUAGAGAUGUUAUUUUCUUUUCUACUUGAGUUCUGG